AUGGAGAAGAAGGAAGAAGAAAAAGGAAGAAGAAGGAAGUCAGGUAAAGAGAUUAUUAUGCAGGAGGAGAAGGAGAGGAGAGGAGCGAGCCCAAUGGUUUAG